AUGGUAAACGAGAAAAUAUUGAAACAAUUUUUCAAAUAUGUUGACGAAAACCAGGAUCAUUAUGUUGAUAGGUUGAGAGAAGCAGUAGCUAUUCCAAGUGUGAGCAGUGAUCCCGAUCGCCGCGAAGAUGUCUUCCGGAUGGGUAAUUGGCUCAUCGAAUUGUUCAAGAAACUUGGUAUUAGUUAUGAAGCUGUCGAUGUGGGUAAUCACGUGAUGAGUGGAAAAACCUUGAAAUUACCACCUAUCUUGUUAGGAUCUUAUGGCAAUGAUCCUAAGAAAAAAACAAUUCUGGUCUAUGGUCAUUAUGAUGUUCAGCCUGCCUUGCUUGAAGAUGGUUGGAAUUCUGAUCCUUGGAAAUUAGUUGAAGAUUCUACUGGUCGUUUAGUUGGUCGUGGAUCUUCGGAUGACAAAGGUCCAAUCAUUGGAUGGCUCAACGCGAUUGAAGCACAUCAAAAGAUAGGAGUAGAAUUUCCUGUUAAUUUAAAGAUAUGUUUUGAAGGUAUGGAGGAAAAUGGAUCCGAAGGAUUAGAUGAUUUGAUUGCACGGGAGGCCGAUAGAUAUUUUAAGUGUGUAGAUGCAGUUUGCAUCUCGGAUAAUUAUUGGCUGGGCGUCACGAAACCUUGUCUGACUUAUGGUUUACGCGGCAUUUCUUACUUUAACAUCACAGUCUCUGGUCCAGGGAGAGAUCUUCAUUCUGGAGUUUUUGGUGGUACUGUUUAUGAACCCAUGACGGAUUUGAUUAUUUUGUUCAGCAAAUUGGUCACUCCGAAUGGAAAAAUCUUGAUUCCUGGAAUAAAUGAUGAUGUAGCAGAAUUGAAGGAUGAAGAAAUGGAAACUUAUCGAUCCAUCGAGUUCAAAUUGGAAGAACUUCAGUCGGCCAUUGAAUCUAAAACAAAUAUCUACGAUAAUGAAACUCAAACUUUACAGGCCCGUUGGCGCUAUCCAUCACUUUCUAUACACGGUAUCGAAGGUGCGUUUUCUGCGCCAGGGGUCAAAACUGUAUUACCUUGUAAGGUUUCAGGUAAAUUUUCAAUUCGAUCGGUUCCAAAUAUGGAUCCUGAUAAAAUUACGGCUUGUGUUGAUAAAUUCCUUAGAGAGGAAUUCGGUAAAUUGGGAAGUAAAAAUAAGCUUCAAGUAGAAUGUGUGCAUGGUGCUAAACCAUGGGUUUCGAGUCCAGAUCACUGGAACUUUGUCGCAGCAGCUAAUGCUGUUGAAAAGGUCUUUAAUUGCAAACCUGAUUUGACACGUGAAGGAGGUUCCAUUCCUGUUACUCUUACUUUCCAAGACGCGUUAAAUAAGAAUGUUCUCUUGCUUCCGAUGGGCAGAGGUGAUGAUGGAGCUCAUUCGACUAAUGAGAAACUUGAUCGGCAUAAUUAUACCGAAGGGAUUAAGUUACUUGGCACUUACUUGCAUGAAGUAGCAGCUAUUAAGUCUACCUAA